UGUCUUUCUGUAGGUCUCCUGGUGGGGACCCUGGACGUGGUCCUGGACUCCAGUGCACGGGUCGCUCCGUACCGGAUCCUGCUGCAGACGGCUGACUCGCAGGUCUUCUGGAGCGUGGCGUGCGGCUCGUCCAGGAAGGAGAUCACGGAGCACUGGGACUGGCUGGAGUCCAACCUGCUCCAGACCGUCUCCAUCUUCGACAACGACGAGGACGUCACCACCUUCGUCAAAGGGAAGAUCUUGGGCAUCAUUGCGGAGGAGAAGCGUCUGCAGCAGGGCGAGGAGCCCGAGGAGGACUGUGGGAAGUUCCGGGAGGCGGAGCUGAAGAUGCGGCGUCUGUUCCUGAUGCCUGAAGAAGAGAAGCUGGUCAACUAUUACUCCUGCAGCUUCUGGAAGGGACGCGUCCCUCGGCAGGGCUGGCUCUACCUGUCCAUCAACCACCUGUGCUUCUACUCCUUCCUGCUGGGCAAGGAAGUGUCCCUGGUGGUGCAGUGGAGCGAGGUGACCCGUCUGGAGAAGAACUCCACGCUGGUGUUCCCGGAGAGCGUGCGAGUGAGCACGCGUCACGCCGAGUUCUUCUUCUCCAUGUUCAUCAACAUCAACGACACGUUCCGCCAGGAGCAGCUCGCCUCCAUCGCCAUGCGCCAGCUGCUCGACAACGAGGCGUUCGCCGCCGACCGCUCGCUGCCCAAAGCCUGCCGGGCGCUGAGGAACGUGUCCACGCUCAAGAGGGACCUGGACGCGCGGGCGAAGAACGAGCGGUACCGGGCGAUGUUCCGCCUGACGCAGGACGAGCGUCUGGACGGACACACGGACUGCACGCUGUGGACGCCGUUCGCCAAGACGCACGUGGUCGGUCAGCUGUUCAUCUCCAACAACUACGUCUGCUUCAGCAGCCGCGAGGAGGAGCUGUGUCAGCUGAUCAUCCCCCUCAGAGAGGUGUCCAUCGUGGAGAAGGCGGACAGCAGCAGCGUCCUGCCGUGUCCCGUCUCCAUCAGCACCAAGAACAAGAUGAACUUCCUGUUCGCCAACCUCCGGGACCGGGACUUCCUGGUCCAGCGCAUCUCUGACUUCCUGCAGCGAACCCCCGACGGUUGCUGGGGCGACAGCAGCCCCCUCGCUCUGAUUGGUCACUCGGUGAGCGUCUGA